CCCCCCCCCCCCCGGGAUCUCUCUAACGUAACCUACCCCAGAGACAAUGUGACCGCCCAAUCCAAAGCCCCUUUCACUAACCCCCUCCCCAGUCUCACAGCACACACAGGGGAAUGUGAUUAUUCACACAACAUCUGUAGAGGUUGAAUUGCACAUUUGUUUAGGCACUGGCAGAAGUAACCAUGGGACCAAAAGUGAUCUAGACAACUGCUGGACCAGUACAAGCUGUGGUUUCUUUACACUUGAGCAUUUGCAUCAUUGGUUUCUCUUUGGAUAAGAAUCAGCGGGCGCCAUAAACAUGAAUUGUAGUAAUACUUCUCGUCUCAGGAGUCUUUUGACUCAGCUUCUUCAGGAACUUGGCAAGACCAACAGCACAGUUCCCCCAAUGGAAGAAGAUGAUAACGAUGAUGCUUACUUGUACAUUCUACUCAUCAUGAUCUUCUAUGGCUGCCUGGCCGGGGGUCUUAUACUGGCUUAUACCAGAUCCAGAAAGCAAGAGUCCAAAAACGACCCUUAUCACCUCUACAUUGAAAGGGAAUGGAAUAAGAACAAGAACACACCCAAUAUAGUGGUGUAUGAGCAAAGGGGAAGUAUUGAAAGUGAAAACUUACUUUGAAAAGGUUCACUCGCAUCAGAGAUCCAAUAAGAGAUAUGAAGGCCAGCGAGUAGCAUGCUGCCACUCUGUAAAGAAGGGAACUCAUGAACUUUUGGCUUAAGGAAAUGCUCUUUUAUGCUCUAGAUAUCAAAUAUAAUGCAUAAUUGAAGGACGGAAAUGCAAUUGGGACAAUACCCAUUAUAAGCUAUAGCAUAAUACUAGAGACUAUCAGCGUCUUAUAGUGGAGAGGAGGUCUCACAGCCGCACCAGUUAUCAGCUUACUGGGAAUGGCCGCCCUAUGGAAUAUAGAAUAUGGUUACAGUAAAAAAGUGACAAUGAACUCUUAUCUGCUAUAUAUACUGUAGGGUCUGUUGGGAGCCUGGGAUACAUAUUCUCCUUAUUCGCGUACAAACCAUAAUUCAACUGCUUCUAGUGAAUGUAAUCAUCAAUAUGGUGGGGGGGGGGGUCCAGGCUAUAUAAAAAGCCAAAAUGUUUUGGAAGAAUUUGUGAUCAAAUGAUGCCAAUUUAACCAAAUUCCAGGGUCUGUUUUGUUUAUAGUGAGGUUCUAUAACAGGAACUAUAUGUAGUGGUUCUGUAAAUAAAACAUAUUGUCAUUGAGGUUUCUCAACAUGGCACCUGAAUGUAUCUGACUAUUUUCAUAUUUUCUAUGCGUGUGAGGUAAAUGCUGUCCACAUUGCAGAAAUCAUGGCCUCUGGUGGUAAAAACGAUCGAGCCUUAUUGGGUGAAUUUACUCAAUAAAGGGUUGUAGUUAAAAA